UGGAGUCUCUUUCCCAUUUCAUAUUCUUCUUCCGUUUCCAUUUGCAGAAACAGAAAGAGAAAAAGGGGAGAAUUUCUCCUUCCUUUUUUUUCUUCAGUUAUACAACCCCAAAAAAGAAAACAACGAGACACAUAUAAAAUCCAUAAUCGCCAUAACAGUCUUUGUUUCCGGAAAAGUUUUUUCUUCCCUCUCUGUUUCUGUCUAAAGAAAUUCAUGGCGGAAAAAGGCCGCCCACUUCCUAAGUUUGGCGAGUGGGAUGUUAAUGACCCAUCUUCAGCUGAGGGAUUCACAGUGAUUUUUAAUAAAGCUCGAAAUGAGAAGAAGACAGGUUGCAAGGUAGAAUCACCACCGAAGGGUGACUCUGCAUACAAAAAUAAAGCAACGCUCGGAAAACUUCAAUCAAAAAAAUGGUUCUGCUGUAUGCAAUCAACUGCUGCCGAAUCAUGAACCUCUUAGCUGCUACACGCUGCACUGGAAAAUGUUGUUAGUUUGGAACCAGAUGCGAAAAGUGCACUGGAGCUGUAGUCCAGAUAUGACGAGUAAUGUUGGCAUUUUUGCUGUUGUAUUUUGGAAUAUUUACUCAUAAUGCAGGUUUUCGCUACCAAAAGAUAUUCUGAUAUAUAUUUAUUUAUUAUUGUUAUUUUUUUUA